AUGAGAAGGAGAGGAGGAGGGGAUACAGGAGAGGAGGAGAGAAGGAAGGACAGGAGGAGAGGAGGAGAUGAAGAAGUGAUCCAGAAUGAGGGGAGGAGGGGAGGGAGGGGUGCAGCUGGUGAGAUCUCAGUUCGGAAGUCCAGUAGGCAGUCCUACUAACUCUAAUGGCAGGCAGACAUUCCUGACCUGGGCCAGAGAAAAGGAAGUCCUGCACUCACUGAAAUAGUAUGUUAUGUUGUUCAGCAGUAGCAGUGGUCAAACUGACAUGUUUCGAUGACAGCCUUCGUCAGCUUGUUGGGCUGCAACCUUAUUCGAUGGAAAGAGUCAGGCAUUGUGAAGGCUUGGAGCAGUUUUAUAUGGUUAUGGUUAACCUCUCACACUUUCACUUUGUUGAAUAUUAGUAAGGCAUAGGCCUACAUCAACUUGGUUUAUGCAUGUUUUCAUUUUAUCCUUACAUUAUAUUCAGGUCAUGGUUGGGAUUGUUACGCUUUUAGGCACUGUUUUCGGGUGUAUUGAAAUCCAACGUGCUGUGUGCGAGAGAGUGAGGAGAGAGAGAGAGAGAGAUGAGAGAGGAGAGAGAGAGAGAUAGAGAGAGAGACAGAAAGAGACAGAGCGAUAGAGAGAGAGAGAGGAGAGAGAGAGAGAGAGACAGAGAGACAGAGACAGAGAGACAGAGACAGAGACAGAGACAGAGAGAGAGAGAGAGAGAGAGAGAGAGAGAGAGAGAGAGAGAGAGAGAGAGAGAGACAGAGAGACAGAGAGACAGAGAGAGAUCUUGGCUCAGGGUCUUGUACUGUACUGUAUUCAUGGCUGUACUGUGUGAAGGGAGAGCUGGUUGAAGGCUGGUUGAGGUCACAGAGGCCCUGCGGCGUCACACUGCGCACAGUCUGGAAGACUGGUCACACAGUACUGUUAUUAUCUGAGAGACUAGUGACACAGAGGGAGGAGGGAGGACUGUUUCAUGGAAUUCAUGUCUCCACAAGCCUAAACAGAAUCACAAUCUACAGACCAGAUCUGAAAUGAUUUUAAAGCGUACAUGGCUUUGGGGGACAAGUUAAGAAGGAACUCUAAUAUUUUGCAGUGACAUUUUAGUCCACAUUAACCUGUUAACAGAUAAUGGUUUUAUGCAAAGAGUUCCUUGUAGAUACAAAGAUUUGAGAGAGUAACUAGACAUACAAAACAGUCUGAACCUGCAAUAGCUUCAUGAUAUAAUAAACCAUGUAUUCCUGUGUUCCUGUGUUGCAGUGAAGGAGGACUGUGGCUCUGAACAGGAGGAUGAGGAGGAGGAGGAAGGGGAAGAGGGGGAGGAGGAGGAGGAGGGGGGUAAGGAUGCCCUGGUAGAGGAGAUGCUACAGCAGGGGGACACAGCGGUCAUCUACCCUGAGGCUCCAGAGGACGAGCAGAAGAGCAUGCCUGAGAGAAGGGUCCCAGACGAGAAUGGUACAUCACUGCACCGCAACCCUCGUAAUUGAGACCCUCAUGAUAGAGCUUUUGAGUGAUUAGGCACCAAAAACAUCUUCUUUGUUUCGUAGGCUAUAUCUUUCUCCCUCUCUCUGUCAAUAUAUCCAUAGCUGCACCUUUUAGAACUCGUACCUUAUUGAUCUACUCAUAAUGAAGCUAUCUUCAGAGAGAUAGCUGAGCUUUUGAGUGAUUUGGCACAUAAAACGUGUCUCUGUGUUUAAUGUUUUUUUUAAAAUAUAUAUAUACAGUGGGGAAAAAAGUAUUUAGUCAGCAACCAAUUGUGCAAGUUCUCCCACUUAAAAAGAUGAGAGAGGCCUGUAAUUUUCAUCAUAGGUACACGGCAACUAUGACAGACAAAUUGAGGAAAAAAAAUCCAGAAAAUCACAUUGUAGUAUUUUUUAUGAAUUUAUUUGCAAAUUAUGGUGGAAAAUAAGUAUUUGGUCAAUAACAAAAGUUUCUCAAUACUUUGUUAUAUACCCUUUGUUGGCAAUGACACAGGUCAAACGUUUUCUGUAAGUUUUCACAAGGUUUUCACACACUGUUGCUGGUAUUUUGGCCCAUUCCUCCAUGCAGAUCUCCUCUAGAGCAGUGAUGUUUUGGGGCUGUCGCUGGGCAACACGGACUUUAAACUCCCUCCAAAGAUUUUCUAUGGGGUUGAGAUCUGGAGACUGGCUAGGCCACUCCAGGACCUUGAAAUGCUUCUUACGAAGCCACUCCUUCGUUGCCCGGGCGGUGUGUUUGGGAUCAUUGUCAUGCUGAAAGACCCAGCCACGUUUCAUCUUCAAUGCCCUUGCUUAUGGAAGGAGCUUUUCACUCAAAAUCUCACGAUACAUGGCCCCAUUCAUUCUUUCCUUUACACGGAUCAGUCGUCCUGGUCCCUUUGCAGAAAAACAGCCCCAAAGCAUGAUGUUUCCACCCCCAUGCUUCACAGUAGGUAUGGUGUUCUUUGGAUGCAACUCAGCAUUCUUUGUCCUCCAAACACGACGAGUUGAGUUUUUACCAAAAAGUUCUAUUUUGGUUUCAUCUGACCAUAUGACAUUCUCCCAAUCCUCUUCUGGAUCAUCCAUAUGCACUCUAGCAAACUUCAGACGGGCCUGGACAUGUACUGGCUUAAGCAGGGGGACACGUCUUGCACUGCAGGAUUUGAGUCCCUGGCGGCGUAGUGUGUUACUGAUGGUAGGCUUUGUUACUUUGGUCCCAGCUCUCUGCAGGUCAUUCACUAGGUCCCCCCGUGUGGUUCUGGGAUUUUUGCUCACCGUUCUUGUGAUCAUUUUGACCCCACGGGGUGAGAUCUUGCGUGGAGCCCCAGAUCGAGGGAGAUUAUCAGUGGUCUUGUAUGUCUUCCAUUUCCUAAUAAUUGCUCCCACAGUUGAUUUCUUCAAACCAAGCUGCUUACCUAUUGCAGAUUCAGUCUUCCCAGCCUGGUGCAGGUUUACAAUUUUGUUUCUGGUGUCCUUUGACAGCUCUUUGGUCUUGGCCAUAGUGGAGUUUGGAGUGUGACUGUUUGAGGUUGUGGAAAGGUGUCUUUUAUACUGAUAACAAGUUCAAACAGGUGCCAUUAAUACAGGUAACGAGUGGAGGACAGAGGAGCCUCUUAAAGAAGAAGUUACAGAUCUGUGAGAGCCAGAAUUCUUGCUUGUUUGUAGGUGACCAAAUACUUAUUUUCCACCAUAAUUUGCAAAUCAAUUCAUUAAAAAUCCUACAAUGUGAUUUUCUGGAAUUUUUUUCCUCAAUUUGUCUGUCAUAGUUGCAGUGUACCUAUGAUGAAAAUUACAGGCCUCUCUCAUCUUUUUAAGUGGGAGAACCUGCACAAUUGGUGGCUGACUAAAUAUUUUUUUCCCCCACUGUACAGGGACGCCAGACGCUCUUUCCCAGCUCCUGACUUGUCCGUACUGCUCGCGGGGCUACAAGCGCUGCACUGCCCUGAAGGAGCACAUCAAGCUACGCCACGAGAAGAGUGAGGACAACUUCAGCUGCUCCCAGUGCAGCUACACCUUCGCCUACCGCACACAGCUGGACCGUCAUAUGACCCAACACAAGACUCAACACAAGGAACCUGUACAGGUAGCACAACCAACAUGUUGCUCUGUGUGUGUGUGUGUGUGUGUGUGUGUGUGUGCCUGUCUCUGUCCCUGUGAUUGGAGGAUUCCCAGUUGGAGGAUUCUGGAUUUCCUACCUAUUCCCUCCUGAUUCCAGGGAUCUCCCAACUGGGAUUUCUACAAAACCUGUGGGUUUUGGGACAGUUACCAGACUUUUGCAACACUAAUGCUGUCAUUGCUGGAGCUCACUCCCCCUCACAGACUGCCUGUCAUUAAUAUAUCAUAGAGUGGGCAGUCCUCCCAAUUGAUAUAUAUCAUAUAAAUUCCUGGAUGUUUAUCUGCUCCUGUUGAAUAAAUUCACUUGAUGGAUUUCUGUUUUGCAUUACGAUUCAUAAUUCUGUCAUAACUCAACGCUAGCUUUAUCACUGUCUGCUGACACAGGCACAAACUAAGACUGCGUCUCAAAUAGCACCCUAUUCCCUAUAUAGUGCUUUUUUUUUACCAUGGUUCAUAGGGCUCUGGUACAAAAAUAGUGCACUGUUUAGGGAAUAGGGUGCCAUUUGGCAUUUUAUUAGAAUCUCCAUUAGCUGUUGCAAAAGCAGCAGCUACUCUUCCUGGGGUCCACACAAAACAUGAAACAUGACAUAAUACAGAACAUUAAUAGACAAGAACAGCUCAAGGACAGAACUACAUACAUUUUUUUUAAAAGGCACACGUAGCCUACAUAUCAAUACAUACACACAAACUAUCUAGGUCAAAUAGGGGAGAGGCGUUGUGCCGUGAGGUGUUGCUUUAUCUGUUUUUUUAAACCAGGUUUGCUGUUUAUUUGAGCAAUAUGAGAGGGAACAGAGUUCCAUGCAAUAAUGGCUCUAUAUAAUACUGUACACUUUCUUGAAUUUGUUCUGGAUUUGGGGACUGUGAAAAGACCCCUGGUGGUAUGUCUGGUGGGGUAAGUGUGUGUGUCAGAGCUGUGUGUAAGUUGACUAUGCAAACAAUUUGGGAUUUUCAACACAUUAAUGUUUCUUAUAAAAUGAAGAAGUGAUGCAGUCAGUCUCUCCUCAACUCUUAGCCAAGAGAGACUGGCAUGCAUAGGAUUUAUAUCAGAGCAAGACGUGCCGCUCUGUUUUGGGCCAGCUGCAGCUUAACCAGGUCUUCCCUUGCAGCACUGGACCACACGACUGGACAAUAAUCAAGAUUAGACAAAACUAGAGCCUGCAGAAGUUGCUUUUUGGAUUGUGGUGUCAAAAAAGCAGAGCAUCUCUUUAUUACGGACAGACCUCUCCCCAUCUUUACAACCAUUGAAUCUAUAUGUUUUGACCAUGAUAGUUUACAAUCUAAGGGAACGCCUAGUAAUUUAGUCUCCUCAAGUUGUUCAACAGCCACACCAUUCAUUACCAGAUUCAGCUGAGUUCUAGAACUUAGGGAAUGAUUUGUACCAAAUACAAUGCUCUUAGUUUUAGAGAUGUUCAGGAGCAGUUUAUUAGUGGCCACCCAUUCCAAAACCGACUGCAACUCUUUGUUAAGGGUUUCGGUGACUUCAUUAGUUGUGGUUGCUGAUGCGUAUAUGGUUGAAUCAUCAGCAUACAUGGACACACAUGCUUUGUUUAAUGCCAGUGGCAGGUCAUUGGUAAAAAUAGAAAAGAGUAGAGGGCCUAGAGAGCUGCCCUGUGGUACACCACACUUUACAUGUUUGACAUUAGAGAAGCUUCCAUUAAAGAAAACUCUUUGAGUUCUAUUAGAUAGAUAGCUCUGAAUCCGCCAUAUGACAGAGGUUAAAAAACCAUAACACAUACGUUUUUUUAACAACAGGUUAUGGUCAAUAAUAUCAAAGGCUGCAUUGAAAUCUAACAGUACAGCUCCCACAAUCUUCUUAUUAUCCAUUUCUUUCAACCAAUCAUCAGUCAUUUGUGUCAGUGCAGUACAUGUUGAGUGUCCUUCCCUAUAAGCAUGAUGAAAGUCUGUUGUUAAUUUGUUUACAGAGAAAUAGCAUUGUAUUUGGUCAAACACCAUUUUUUCCAAAAGUUUGCUAAGAGCUGGCAGCAAGCUUAUAGGAAAGGGCACUCAACAUUAAAGAUAUGACAGAUAGGAAUGGCUAUAGAGUCAGCUACCAUCCUCAGUAGCUUUCCAUCUAAGUUGUCAAUGCCAGGAGGUUUGUCAUUAUUGAUCGAUAACAAUAAUUUUUCCACCUCUCCCACACUAACUUUACAAAAUUAAAACUUGCAAUGCUUUUCUUUCAUUAUUUGUUUUUUUUAUGCAUGAAUACGAUGGCUCACUGUUCAUUGUUGGCAUUUCCUGCCUAAGUUUGCCCACUUUGCCAAUGAAGUAAUCAUUAAAAUAACUGCCAACAUCAAAUGGUUUUGUGAUGAAUAAGCCAUCUGAUUCGAUGAAAGAUGGAGUUGAAUUUGUCUUUCUACCCAUAAUUUCAUUUAAUUCUUUAUAUCAUUGAUUUUGGCUUCAUAAUACAGUUUCUUCCUCUUUUUGUUGAGUUUAGUCACAUAAUUUCUCAAUUUGCAGUAAGUCAACCAGUCAGAUGUGCAGCCAGACUUACAGUGGCUUGCGAAAGUAUUCACUCCCCUUGGCAUUUUUCCUAUUUUGUUGCCUUACAACCUGGAAUUAAAAUUGAUUUUUUGGGGGUUUGUAUCAUUUGAUUUACACAACAUGCCUACCACUUUGAAGAUGCAAAAUUAUUUUUAUUGUGAAACAAACAAGAAAUAAGACAAAAAAACAGAAAACUUAAGCGUGCAUAACUAUUCACCCCCCAAAGUCAAUACUUUGUAAAGCCACCUUUUGCAGCAAUUACAGCUGCAAGUCUCUUGGGGUACGUCUCUAUAAGCUUGGCACAUCUAGCCAUUUGGAUUUCUGCCGAUUCUUCAAGGCAAAACUGCUCCAGAUCCUUCAAGUUGGAUGGGUUUCACUGGUGUACAGAAAUCUUUAAGUCAUACCACAGAUUCUCAAUUGGAUUGAGGUCUGGGCUUUGACUAGGCCAUUCCAAUACAUUGAAAUGUUUCCCCUUAAACCACUCAAGUGUUUAUUUAGCAGUAUGCAAAGGGUCAUUGUCCUGCUGGAAGGUGAACCUCCGUCCCAGUCUCAAAUCUCUGGAAGACUGAAACAGGUUUCCCUCUAGAAUUUCCCUGUAUUUAGCACCAUCCAUCAUUCCUUCAAUUCUGACCAGUUUCCCAGUCCCUGCCGAUGAAAAACAUCCCCACAGCAUGAUGCUGCCACCACCAUGCUUCACUGUGGGGAUGGUGUUUUCGGGGUGAUGAGAGGUGUUGGGUUUGCACCAUACAUAGCGUUUUCCUUGAUGGCCAAAAGCUCAAUAUCGGUCUCAUCUGACCAGAGUAACUUCUUCCAUAUGUUUGGGGAGUCUCCCACAUGCCUUUUGGCGAACACCAAACGUGUUUGCUUAUUUUUUUCUUUAAGCAAUGGCUUUUUUUCUGGCCACUCUUCUGUAAAGCCCAGCUCUGUGGAGUGUAUGGCUUAAAGUGGUCCUAUGGAUAGAUACUCCAAUCUCCACUGUGGAGCUUUACAGCUCCUUCAGGGUUAUCUUUGGUCUCUUUGUUGCCUCUCUGAUUAAUGCCCUCCUUGCCUGGUCCGUGAGUUUUGGUGGGCGGCCCUCUCUUGGCAGGUUUGUUGUGGUGCCAUUAAUCACAUCAGACCAACAAAUAUUUUUUACAUCAUCCACAGCAAAAACUUUUGUAUGAUCUCUUAUACACUAUUUUAGGCCCAGCUGUUGGAACUUUGGCUUUCCUCGAUAUAGCCACUAUAUUGUGAUCACUGCAUCCAAUUGGUACGGAUACAGCUUUAGAACAAAGUUCUACAGUAUUAGUAAAAAUGUGAUUAAUAACCUGAACCAGAUUACAGGCACUGGUUACAGUAAGAAGCUUCCUCUUGAGCGGACAGCUUGAUGAAAACCAGUCAAUAUUCAGGUCCCCUAGACCAGUCUGUUUACAUCACAUACACUAUCAAGCAUGUCACACAUAUUAUUUAAAUACUGACUGUUCGCACUUGGUGGCCUAUAGCAACACCCCAAAAGAAAAGGCUUUAGAUGUGGCAAGUGAACCUGCAACCACAACACUUCAAUAACACUUGACAUAAGAUCUUCUCUAAGCAUUACAGGGAUAUGGCUCUGAAUAUAUACAGCAACACCUCCCCCAUAAGCAUUUCUGUUUCUUCUAUAGAUGUUAUAUUCUUGUAUUGCUACUGCUGUAUCAUCAAAGGAAUUAUCUAAGUGAGUCUCAGAAAUGGCUAAUAUAUGAAUGUUAUCUGAUGUUAGCAAGUUAUUGAUUUCAUGAGCCUUAUUUCUAAGGCAACAUAUAUUAAUAUGGGCUAUUUUCAGCCCUUUCCUGGGUAGCUUAUCAGAGAUAGACAUAAUACUGGAAAGAGCAAACAAAGCAAGAGAAAAAAAUAUACAUUCAGCAGUCCAUUAAUCAAUUAUUGUGUGUGUGUGUGUGUGUGCUGCGGGGUUGAAGCUACGAACCCAUAGGCUUGGCUCUCACAUCCCUUCCAGGCUCCUGGGAGGGAGGGUGGUCAAUGAGCCUGUCAUAGCAGAUGUAAGCUAUGUCCCCACGCACUCUGGCAGCUUUCAUGGCUGUGAUAAGUUCUUUCCUCUUCUGGCGCACAGCUUCAGGAUAGUCCUCGUUGAGAAAGAUAUAAGUUAUUCUCAAGUUCUUGGCUCUUUCCAGAACAGCUACCUUGUCCUUGAACCUCAGGAACUUGACCACUGUCGGCCUGGGCCUGUCACCUGGGCCGGUGGUGGGUUUUCCAGUCCUGUGGGCGCGCUCCACCUCAAUCUUCAUGUGGUCCAUCUUCAAUUUCUCAGAGAUCAUUUCCCUCACUUUGUCCUCAGACUCCGUCCAGAUGUGGAGAUUCUGCAAUUCCGUCCACAACCAUGUUGUUACGCCUUGAUUGUCCCUCGAGAUUAUCAUUGAUAUCAUGGAUUCACAGACAGAACUGAUGUCCUCUCUCAAUGACUUAAAGAUUGCUGUAAUCUUGCCGUUCUCCUGUUUCAACUCAUCGAGCUGACCCUAGGAGAACUGCAAACUGUUCUUUAGGUCCUGGACCACUCUGGUCAGGUCGUCCAUUAUUUUAUUAGUCGAAUCCACCAGUAUUUGGACAAAGCACUUGAAGCUAUUUUCUUGUUGUUGUAAUAACUGCUUGUAGAACUCUUUUUGUUUGUUUAAAAGAUCCUUCACGUGUGAUAGAGAGACACCACUGUCCUUGACAACGGUACUCCCGCCGGCUUUGCUCUUUGUCAUGGUAGCAACGUAGGCUACGCUGUUACUCCUCGCAGUUCCAGAAAGGGCAGGUCACAGGGAAGAUUGAAAACAACAAACAGCAGGGAUCUAGACAUCCACAAACCCUGGACAAUCCGCAGUCCCAGCCACAAUGGCUAACCCUGCUAGCUUGAUAUGCUGCUAGCUAGCAGCUAGGCUAGCUGCAACACCAAAUAGCUCCUCAGACCCGUCGUUUGUCGGCAGGAUCACUGGACAGAGACUAGCAAUCCCAGCAACUGAUGCCAACUGUGUCGCGAGAUCAGGAAGUGAUGUACGUGUGGGACUAAGGUCCUCAGGCUUUUAGUGAAGUGUAUGGUCAGCCAUUUGGGAUGCACACAACAUUUUAGCUGACCCGUUAAAUGUUUAAGUGGUACUGUAAAGAAUUCUCCCUUUAUUCUUUGACAGAGCAAUUUUAAGAAUGUAUCUGUAUCACAUGAUGUCCUUAUCCAGAGCAACUGCAUACCUUUGUUUUUACCCUUUUUUCUCCCCAAUUGAUAGUUACAGUCUUGUGCCAUCACUGCAACUCCCGUACGGACUCGGGAGAGAGCCAUGCAUCCUCCGAAACACAACCCUGCCAAGCCGCACUGCUUCUUGACACACUGCUCACUUAACCCGGAAGCCAGCCGCACCAAUGUGUCAGAGGAAACACUGUACAACUGGCAACCGUGUCAGCGUGCAUGCACCUGGCCCGCCACAGGAGUCACUAGAGUGUGAUGGGACAAGGACAUCCCAGCCAGCCAAACCCUCCCCUAACCCAGACUACGCUGGGCCAAUCGUGCUUCACCUCAUGGGUCACCAGGUCGCGGCCGGCUGCGACACAGCCCGGUAUCAAACCCAGAUCUGUAGUGACGCCUCAAGCGCUGCGCCACUCGGGAGGCGCCUGCAUACGUUUUCAUACUAUUUUGUAUUGGUCCCCUGUGGGAAUUGAACCCACAACCCUGGCGUCACAAGCGCCAUGCUCUACCAACUGAGCCACACAGGACUACUGUUGACUGGGAAUGCAUUGCACAUCCUUCAGACAGCAACAAGAGCAUGCUCUGACUUUAGACAGAGUACUGUUGUGACAUUCUAGGACAAUGUAAUAUAAGCACUCAGACCAAAACAUCCCCAUGCACAACGAACACAUUAACUACACUGUACACAUUGACUGAAGAGUCUUCUCACCAUGCACAACAAACAAAUAGUCUGUGUCCCAAAUGGCAUGAUAUUCCCUAUAUACCGCACUACUCUGCACUACUUUUGACCAGAGCCCUAUGGACCCUGGUCAAAAGUAGUGUACUGCAUAGGGAAUAGGGUGCCAUUUGGGAAGCAAACAUGAACUACGCUGUACCCGUUGAUUGGAGAGUGUCCUCACACCGCUGUCUGCUCUUCUGUCUGUCUGCUAGCGCCACGUGCCCCAAACCACGACAACAACAGGGGGGAAUAGGAAGUUCAUGUGCACAGAGUGUUCCAAGGCUUUUAAAUACAAGCACCACCUGAAGGAGCACCUGCGCAUUCACAGCGGUGAGUAAUACUGGCAUCACCUUGGUCACCGUGGCAACACACACAUGGGAUGACUCACAUGGGCUGAGUCCCAAAUGCUAUCCUAUUCUCUAAUAUAGUGCACUAUUUUUGACCAGAGCCCUAUCGGCCAUUUGGGACGCAGACCUGGUCAAAGGUAGUGCACCAUAGGCUAUAGGGAAUAGGGUGCCAUUUGGGACAGAACCCUAGUGACUCACCCAUAUUCACAGCACUGUUGGUCCAGAUGUACCUAACUAAACAUUUCCUUUAAUAUGUUUAUAAUAUGCAGCUCUAUAAUUUCAGAUUCUUGAUUACGAUAAUUAUUGAAUCUGUGCUUCUCGCCAAUGUGUCAUAAUUCUGAUGCUAUUGGCUUCAGGGACAUGACUCCAUUACCUCAGCCUGUUUGUUAAUCUGCAUCCCAAAUGGCACCCUAUUCCCCAUGUAAUGCACUACUUCUGACCAGGGCCCAUAGGUGUCGAAAGUAGUGCACUAUAUAGGGAAUAGGGUGCCAUUUGGGACACAAACCUUAUGUUUCCUGGAAGUAGCUUUAUUCGAUUACUCUAUUCUUAUUAUUCUACUAAUUUCUCGCAGGAGAGAAGCCAUACGAGUGCCCCAACUGUAAGAAGCGGUUUUCCCACUCAGGGUCCUACAGCUCCCACAUUAGCAGUAAGAAGUGUGUUGGCAUGGUGCCUGUCAACGGUACCCCCCGACCAGUCAUCAAGGCCUCCCAGAGCCCCACCACCCAGACCCAGCUUUCCGGCACUGCUGCCGUAGCCCCUGCCCGACUGCUCCUCCGGGGGGAGAAGACAGAUGGCAAGCCCCUUCAGGAGCAGCUCCCCCUCAACCAGAUCAAAUCAGAGCCGGUGGAAUAUGAGUACAAGCCGGUGGCGGUGGGGCCUAACGGGGCAGCGGGGACUAACGGGACAGUGUUUACCGGUGGCGUGGCGGUACCCCAGGGCACGACGCUGCCCCAGGGCGUGGUCCAGACGGUGGUACUGCCCACCGUUGGUUUGAUGUCUCCUAUCAGUAUUAAUCUCAGCGACCUGCAGAACGUACUCAAGGUUUGAUUUGUAUUUAUUUGGUGAUUUAAAAACAGAAUUCAACCAUGCAUUUAAAAUAAUCCAAAAUAACACAAAAAGGUUUAAAGGGCCCCUUGUGGUCAGAAAUGACUAAAUCUAGCUACUGUAUGGUGCCCCUUGAUGUUGUGGUCAUUUGUUAACCUUGCUGUUUCUGUAUCUAUCAUCCAAGUGACUUUUACACAUUUUAACAAUAAGCUUUAGGACCACUACUCAUCAAGGAUAACACAAAAAAAGGUUUCUUAUUUCCAUUGUGGACCUUUUUAUUUACAAGGUGGCCAUGGAUGGGAACGUGUUGCGCCAGGUGCUGGGGACGUCCAAGCAGGGGGUGGUGGGGCAAGCUGGGCAACAGGUCAUCUCAGCCAUCAGCCUGCCUGGCUUCGUAGACCAGGACGGAACCACCAAGAUCAUUAUUAACUACACCCUGGAGCCCAAACUGGCCCAACAGCCCAGCACACCUCAGCUCCUCAAGAAGGAGCCUCCCCCUGCCCCCACCACCACCACCACCACAAACACACAGCCAGCCUCCAAAGUAACAGAGAAACUCUCCCAGGACCUCAGCAUCGUCAAGACCGAGCAGCCCGACUCUGAGCCUGAGUCUGAGAAGGCGAUGGAGACAGAGGAGGCUCAGACCGAGGCAGAGGCAGAGCAGAGUAAGGAGGGUGAGACACCAAAGGCCCAGACAGGCAAGACAACAUGUCUGCUGUGUGAUGACUGUCCUGGUGGUUUGGAUGCACUACACAUGCUCCAGCACUGUAAACCUACCAAUGGGGAGGGGGGCGACGGCAGCCCCCUGGAUCCCUCUAUCGCCGCCCUGCUGGCAGAAUCAGGGAUAACACCAGGCCAGCCCCCUCUGAAGAACCUGCUCUCCCUCCUCAAGGCCUACUUCGCCUUAAACGCAGAGCCCUCCGAGGAAGAGCUGGCCAAGAUCUCCGACAACGUCAGCUUGCCCGUGGUCAUAGUCAAGAAAUGGUUUGAGAAGAUGCGGUCCGGUCAGAUUACCGUCGAGCCUCCUGGUUCCUCUUCCCCUCAACUUUCAGCAGAACCCAGCACAGAGACCCAGGAAUCCCAAGAGAAGAGCGGAGAGCAGAUAGAGGAGCAACUUGCCUCGGCCCAAACCCAGGAGACAUCAUUUUCCCAACCUCCCAACAGUUCCCCUGCCUCGACCUCCGCCUCCCCCUUGGUCUCAGCCUCGGGUCCCUCACCACUAAACCUCUCCUCCAGCGGCCUGGCCAUCGUGAAAACGGAGGAGGACUCGGAGGGCGAGUCUCAAGAUCUUCCCCUGGACCUGUCCCUUCCCAAGCAGCCCCAAUCAGAGCCCCAGGUCCCCCAUGUUCCCCAGGAGCAACCCCUCAACCUCACCUGUUUGAAGAAGGAGACGCUCCAUCCCCAGCUCCAUCCCCAGCUCCAGGCCCAGCUCCAGGCUCAGGGAACCACCAACACCAUCUACGUCACCUCCCCCCCCCAGAUGGCCACCUCCAGCCCGGUUAACAUCAUGACCACCCAGCUGGUAGCCAUCACCAACCAGGGCAGCGGCAUGUCCUGCCUCAGGGCCAUCUCCACUGGCACCACCAAACGGACUAUCCUCAUCCCCCAGCUCACCUACACAUACACCACUACAGCAGGCAGCAACGCCACUGGGGCUGAAGGAGCCCAGAAGACCGUCAUACUCAACGGCUUCCAGGUUGGUUUGUGAGCAAGCUAUUCAGAAUGUUGGAAAUGUGUGAGAUGAGACAAUAUGAAGAGAUACACAAGACAGUUAUUCAUUACUAUUAGGGGGAAAUCAAUCAGUGAAGGAGAGGGAUACCACACACACACCACAAACACACACACACACACACACACACUGUACAGACACCAACAGAGGAGUCUGUUAUGUCUAACAGCACACAUUGAUUCAGUAGAAGAGCAGAGCAGAAGAACACUGUGGAAGGAAUGCGCUGUGAGUUUCCAUUAGUUUCCUGCAGCUUUACUGACUAUCCUGAAUAACCCAGCCGCAAGGAGUCAGUCUGCGUCUCAAAUGGUACUCUAUUCCCUAUAUGAUGUAGUACUUUUGACCAGGGCCCAUAGUGCUCUGCAAUUUGGAACUCAUUCUCACUGUCUGUGGAAAAAUGAAAGCAGUCCUGGCUGAAUGGUUUGGGUUCCCUCCAGGCUUCCCUGGCCUGGAUGAUGUAUGUACCAGGUGAAGUUACCUAAUACUCCAUGCGUGCAUGACAGCAGACAGAAUUAUCUGCCGCAGCCUGGAGUUGAGUUGGAUUCUUCCUGUAGGAGUCAGGGGAUUGUGUGUGUGUGUGUGUGUGUGUGUGUGUGUGUGUGUGUGUGUGUGUGUGUGCGUGCGUGCGUGCGUGCAUACUAGUGUGUGUGAAAAAGAAGACUAGCAGAAUGAAUCCUCGUAUGUUUAUACGCGUGAGCGGCUCACAGCACAGUCUGUCUGAAAACCCACAUCUGUCAGUGUCUGGCAGACAGGUCUGGCAGAGAGAUCUCUCUAAGUACUCCUGCUGGCUCACUACAACUGACAGAAAGGCCUUUGACAGUGGAAACACUGUGUUUUACAUACUGCUGCUUUUAUGGUCUAGUCUCGCAUGAUUAUACAGUAAUAGCAAUGUCAGAUUUGUACAGAUUUGCAAUUUUGCCUUAUCAUUAUUUUGCUUUUUAAGCACUGGGAAAUUAUAAGUUAAAUAAUGAAUAAUAAUAAUUUAUUAUUAAAGCAUCUGUCUUUUACUUUGACAGGAGGAGAAGGCUGACACCAGCUCAGAGGGCGUGUCGGCGGUAGAGGAGCAGAACGACUCGGACUCGGCCCCUCCGCAGAAGAAGAUGCGUCGGCUGGAGAGUGGCAUGUACGCCUGUGACCUAUGUGACAAGAUCUUCCAGAAGAGCAGCUCCCUGCUCAGGCAUAAAUACGAACACACAGGUAAAUGAUAUGCCCGGUGGUUGCGGGUCCAUUGGGUCAGGGGCCGUAUGUAUAAAGCAUCUCAUAGUAGGAGUGAGGAUUUAGGAUCAGCUUUGCCUUUUAGAGCACGAUGAACAAGAUUAUAUGGACAAGUGGGAACCUGAUCUUAGAUCAUCACUUCAACUCUGAUAAUUCUUUCCUCUUGAAUGAGAGCUGCCUGGCCUAUGUCAGCCCUUCUCGUCUGUGCUAUGAGAUAUUACUUCACUUCUUGCAUGAUAUACAGAAUGGGGAUAGCAUUGACAGGCAUUUAAAAGACUAAGGUCUUUACUUUACCUGCUACUUUCAUAUGGUAAACCAAUGCUUCUUCCCUGAAGCUGGUAUAACAGCCUAAUAUAGUCCUCUUAAACCGCAUAGCUAAUGUCCUCUUAAUGCUACAAUAUGUAACUUUUUGUGUGACCCGACCAACUUCACGUAGAAAUGUGAGUUAUAGAUCUGUAAUUUGCAUUGAAAGCAUGUCUAAGAAGCGGUCGAUCUGUUCUAUGUGCACUAUUUCUAUGCUUCCCAUUCUUAUGUUUAAUUAUUGCGUCUUUUACUUUCGGUUUGGUACACCAGCUUCAAACAGCUGAAAAUACAAUAUUUUUGGUUAUGGAAAAUAUAUUUCACAGUGGUUAAGAUGGUACAGAUUCUACACAAUAACUGCUUGUUUUGUCACAUAAACUGAAAUUAGGCGAACUAUUCGAAUUUUUGCAAUCAGGAAAUGACGGAGCGAUUUUUCUGCAUAGUGCAUCUUUAAACCAACUAAUGUCCUCCUAAAACACACAUUAAUUCUUUCCUAUGGGAUGCAUGCGUAACCAAUGGCUCCAGCACUUUGAUGAGAUUUGGAUUUGGCGUUAAAGGCUCUGUGUGCAUCACAAAUGGCACCCUAGUAGUGCACUACUUUUGACCAGGGCCCAUAGGAGAAUAGGGUGCCAUUUGGGACACAAAGUCUGUUUACAAUUAGCAGUGCUCUAUUCUAUUCUGAGAGGGCAGGUGGGUGUUGGUCUGGUCCAGCUAUGACUACUGUGAUGAGGUGAUUUGGAAGGAGUCAGGCGCAGGAGGGUAAAUUACAGAAUAACAGGAUUUAUUCUGAAGCACAAAGUUACGCAGUAAUGCAUCAGAACACUCAAGUGUGCAAAACAGGCGCACUGGAAAAUACAAGGCACAAGGGGAAAUAUCCCAGCAUACAAAAUACACAGAGCUCCACCGAGCUACUCUUUCCUCCACAAUAAACAAUCACACACAAAGACAAGGGGGCAGUUAUACAGGUACUGAUGAGGGGAUAUGAACCAGGUGGGUGUAAUAAACAAGACAAAACAAAUGGAAUGAUGAGAUGAGGAGCGGCAGUGGCUAGAAGGCCGGUGACGAUGAACGCCGAAGCCUGCCCAAACAAGGAGAGGAGGCAGCCUCGGAGGAAGUCGUGACAGUACCAGCAGCGGGCCGACACCGGCCUCGGGGACGACCAGGAGGACGCGGAGCAGGGCGAGCCGGAUGGCGACGGUGGAAAUCCCGCAACAGGGAGGGAUCGAGGAUAUCCAUCACCGGGACCCAGCACCGCUCCUCCGGACCGUACCCCUCCCACUCCACGAGGUACUGAAGGCCCCCCAGGAUGGAACGGAUGGAGUACUCCGGGGCCCCCUCGAUGUCAUGGUGCGGACCAACAACCACCGGCCUGAGGAGAGACACAUGGAACGAGGGGUUAAUGCGGUAAUCAGGAGGGAGUAGUAACCUAUAAGUAACCUCGUUUAUUCUCCUCAGGACUUUGAACGGCCCCACAAACCGCGGGCUCAGCUUCCGGCAGGGCAGGCGGAGGGGCAGAUUCCGGGUCGAGAGCCAGACCCGAUCACCCGGUACAAAGACCGGGGCCUCACUGCAGUGGCGGUCAGCGUUGGCCUUCUGGCGACACACGGCGCGUUGGAGGUGGACGUGAGCAGCGUUCCACGUCUCCUCCGCGCGCCGAAACCAGUCAUCCACCGCAGUAGCCUCGGUCUGGCUCUGAUGCCAUGGUGCCAGAACCGGCUGGUAACCUAAAACACAUUGAAAUGUUGUUAGGUUAGUGGAGGAGUGGCGGAGAGAGUUCUGGGCAAAUUCGGCCCAUGGCAAGAACACCGACCACUCCCCCGGCCGGUCCUGGCAGUAAGACCGCAGGAACCUACCCACAUCCUGAUUCACCCGUUCCACCUGCCCAUUACACUCGGGGUGAAAACCAGAGGUCUCGGCUGACCGAGACCCCCAGACGUUCCAUGAACGCCUUCCAGACCCUGGAUGUGAACUGGGGACGCCGGUCAGACACUAUGUCCUCUUGCACCCCGUAGUGCCGGAAGACGUGCGUAAACAGGGCCUCCGCAGUCUGCAGGGCCGUGGGGAGACCGGGCAAAGAUGGAGGCAGUAGGCUUUGGAAAAGCGGUCCACAACGACCAGGAUGGUGGUGUUACCUUGAGAGAGGGAAGAUCAGUAAGGAAGUCAAUACACAAGUGGAACCAUGGCCAUUGUGAAACUGGUAAAGGCCUAGGUGCCUUACUCUGGGCGCACACCGAGCAGUCCUUAGCCAAGGUAGGCCACCAGUACUUUCCAGUCAGGCAGCACACUGUACGACCGAUACCUGGGUAACCAGAGGAGUGGGACGUGUGUGCACAAUAGAUCAGACGGUCAAGGACAAGAGAAGGCACGUACUGCAGCCCAGCUGGACACUGAGGUGGAGAUGGCUCUGUGCGUAACGCCCGCUUAUCGAAAGACAACGUGGUGUCCUGGCAGGCUAGCUCCCUUCGGACAUCCUCUCGUAGAUGUCCGAAAGAAUACUGUACCAAGUUAGCUAGCUGAAUAAACUAAGUUAGAGUCUAUUCCUAGAAAACAUUGAACCGCUGUAGUUUACAACAAUUAUAAUUUUUAAAGUGAAGUUGGGAGAGUUUUAUUUGAGUGUUUUCCUUGAAACGUAAGUGAGGGAGGCCCCGCUCUCUCGCUUUCCCAGAUGUUCAGUUAAUUUCAUUCCGAUCUCCUUUGCAUUAUUGUAGCCUUUUUCUGUAGCCUGUCAGCUAUGUGUCUGUCUAUCCCUGUUCUCUCCUCUCUGCACAGGCCAUACAAACACUUCACAACACGUGGCUGUUGCCACUCUAAUCUGGUGGUCCCUGCGCGCACGAACCACGUGGAGUUCCAGGUCUCUGGCAGCCUCUGGACCUGCCGUUCUGCAGCCAACAAGGCAGAGUUCAUCUCAGCCUAUGCUACCCUCCAGUCCCUCGACUUCUUGGCACUGACGGAAACAUGGAUUACCACAGAAAACACUGCUACUCCUACUGCUCUUUCCUCGUCUAACCAUGUGUUCUCGCAUACCCCGAGAGCAUCUGGUCAGCGCGGCGGUGGCACAGGAAUCCUCAUCUCUCCCAAGUGGACAUUCUCUCUUUUUCCCCUGACCCAUCUGUCUAUCUCCUCAUUUGAAUUCCAUGCUGUCACAGUCACUAGCCCAUUCAAGCUUAACAUCCUUGUCAUUUAUCGCCCUCCAGGUUCCCUUGGAGAGUUUAUCAAUGAGCUUGACGCCUUGAUAAGUUCCUUUCCUGAGGAUGGCUCACCCCUCACAGUUCUGGGUGAAUUUAACCUCCCUACGUCUGCCUUUGACUCAUUUCUCUCUGCCUCCUUCUUUCCACUCCUUUCCUCUUUUGAGCUCACCCUCUCACCGUCCCCCCCUACUCACAAGGCAGGCAAUACGCUUGACCUCAUCUUUACUAGAUGCUGUUCUACUACUAAUCUCACUGCAAUUCCCCUCCAAGUCUCCGACCACUACUUUGUAUCCUUUUCUCUCUCGCUCUCCUCCAACACUACUCACUCUGCCCCUACUCAGAUGGUAAUGUGCCGUCGCAACCUUCGCUCUCUCUCUCUCUCGCUACUCUCUUCUCUUCCAUCCUAUCAUCUCUUCCCUGUGCUAAAUCCUUCUCCCUCCGAUCUCCUGAUUCUGCCUCCUCAACCCUCCUCUACUCCCUUUCUGCAUCUUUUGACUCUCUAUGUCCCCUAUCCUCCCGGCCGGCUCGGUCCUCCCCUCCUGCUCCGUGGCUUGACGACUCAUUGCGAGCUCACAGAAGAGGGCUCCGGGCAGCCGAGCGGAAAUGGAGGAAAACUAGACUCACUGCGGACCUGUCAUCUUUUCACUCCCUCCUCUCUACAUUCUCUUCCUCUGUUUCCGCUGCUAAAGCCACUUUCUACCACUCUAAAUGUCAAGCCUCUGCCUCUAACCCUAGGAAGCCACCUUCUCCUCCCUGCUGAAUACUCCUCCUCCUCCCCCUCCCUCCUCCCUCUCUGUGGAUGACUUUGUCAACCAUUUUGAAAAGAAGGUUGACGACAUCCGAUCCUCAUUUAUUAAGUCAAAUGACACAGCUGGUCCUGCUCACACUGCCCUACCCUAUGCUUUGACUUCUUUCUCCCCUCUCUCUCCAGAUGAAAUCUUGCGACUUGUGACGGCCGGCCGCCCAACAACCUGCCCACUUGACCCUACUCCCUCCUCUCUUCUCCAGACCAUUUCCAGAGACCUUCUCCCUUACCUCACCUCGCUCAUCAACUCAUCCUUGACCGCUGGCCAUGUCCCUUCCGUCUUCAAGAGAGCGAGAGUUGCACCCCUCCUCAAAAAAACCUACACUCGAUCCCUCCGAUGUCAACAACUACAGACCAGUAUCCCUUCUUUAUUUUCUCUCCAAAACUCUUGAGCGUGCCGUCUCUAGCCAACUCUCCUGCUAUCUCUCUCAGAAUGACCUUCUUGAUCCAAACCAGUCAGGUUUCAAGACUGGUCAUUCAACUGAGACUGCUCUUCUCUGUGUCACAGAGGCUCUCCACACUGCUAAAGCUAUCUCGCUCUCCUCUGCUCUUAUCCUUCUAGACCUAUCCGCUGCCUUUGAUACUGUGAACCAUCAGAUCCUCCUCUCCACCCUCUCCGAGUUGGGCAUCUCCGGCGCUGCUCACUCUUGGAUUGCGUCCUACCUGACAGGUCGCUCCUACCAGGUGGCGUGGCAAGAAUCUGUCUCCGCACCACGUGCUAUCACCACUGGUGUCCCCCAGGGCUCAGUUCUAGGCCCUCUCCUAUUCUCUCUAUACACCAAGUCACUUGGCUCUGUCAUAUCCUCACAUGGUCUCUCCUAUCAUUGCUACGCAGAUGACACACAAUGAAUUUUCUCCUUUCCCCCUUCUGAUAACCAGGUGGCGAAUCGCAUCUCUGCAUGUCUGGCAGACAUAUCAGUGUGGAUGUCGGAUCACCACCUCAAGCUGAACCUCGGCAAGACGGAGCUGCUCUUCCACCCGGGGAAGGACUACCCGCUCCAUGAUUUCGCCAUCACGGUUGACAACUCCGUUGUGUCCUCCUCCCAGAGUGCGAAGAGCCUUGGCGUGACCCUGGACAACACCCUGUCGUUCUCUGCUAACAUCAAGGCGGUGACCCGAUCCUGCAGGUUCAUGCUCUACAACAUUCGGAGAGUACGACCCUAAUUGUAAAGUGGUUGUAAAGUGGUUAUCCCACUGGCUAUAGGGUGAACGCACCAAUUUGUGAGUCGCUCUGGCUAAGAGCGUCUGCUAAAUGACGUUAAUGUGCCCUUGAGCAAGGCACUUAACCCUAAUUGCUCCUGUAAGUCGCUCUGGUUAAGAGCGUCUGCUAAAUGACUAAAAUGUAAAAUGUAAAAUGUAAUUUACACAGAAAGAGCCACAGGUCCUAAUCCAGGCACUUGUCAUCUCCCGUCUGGAUUACAGCAACUCGCUGUUGGCUGGGCUCCCUGCCUGUGCCAUUAAACCCUUACAACUUAUCCAGAACGCUGCAGCCCGUCUGGUGUUCGACCUUCCCAAGUUCUCUCAUGUCACCCCGCUCCUCCGCACACUCCACUGGCUUCCAGUUGAGGCUUGCAUCUACUACAAGACCAUGGUGCUUGCCUACGGAGCUGUGAGGGGAACGGCAACUCCUUACCUUCAGGCUCUGAUCAGACCCUACACCCAAACGAGGGCACUACGUUCAUCCACCUCUGGCCUGCUAGCUCCCCUACCUCUACAGAAGCACAGUUCCCGCUCAGCCCAGUCAAAGCUAUUUGCUGCUCUGGCACCCAAAUGGUGGAACAAGCUCCCCCACGACGCCAGGACAGAGGAGUCACUGACCACCUUCCGGAGACACUUGAAACCCUACCUCUUUAAGGAAUACCUGGAAUAGUAUAAAGUAAUCCUUCUACCCCCCCCCCCUCUCCAUAAAAAAAAUAAAAUAAAAAUAUGGUUGUCCCACUGGCUAUCAUAAGUUGAAUGCACCAAUUUGUAAGUCGCUCUGGAUAAGAGCGUCUACUAAAUGAUGUAAAUGUAAAUGUAGAUGGCACCGGAAGUGGUCGAUGAGGGCCCGCUCGUUGCAUUUAUAUUUUUGUUCAGUAUAUAUAAUUGUGAGGGUUUGUGUUAUGAUAUUGUUUCCAUAACAAAUGCUGUUGGUUUCACAGUUAGUAAGUCUACAGGCAGGUCAGUGUAAUGUAGACAGUGACAGAACUAAUGUAAUGGUAAAAGCAGUGCACACACACACACACACACACACACACACACACACACAGCAAAUCAAGAGUAAUGGGUUACGGAUUGAUUUCUCACCCCCGAAAAAAACUUUUACACAGGUUUAAGCAAACACCUAUGUUGUGUGUUUAAUGGAGAAGUUUCUCUCUCCAACUUUUCCAACCCAAACUCGGUAUGUGUCUGUGUGUCUUUCAGAGGGGUUUAAAUAAAGCAGAAGUUUCUGUUAAACAUCCAUGUACAUUGGGCACUAAAGUAAUCUAUUCUUCUCUCUUCUUCUCUUCUGUUUUCAGGAAAACGGCCACACGAGUGCGGCAUCUGCAACAAAGCCUUCAAACACAAGCACCACUUGAUAGAACACACGCGUCUGCACUCCGGAGAGAAACCCUACCGGUGUGACAAGUGUGGCAAGUGUUUCUCCCACUCGGGCUCCUACUCCCAGCACAUGAACCACCGAUACUCAUACUGCAAGAAGGAGCCCCAGGGAGAUCGUCAGGUGGGGCGUCGGCUCGGAAUGAGCCCCGAAAUGAGCCCCCAAACAGAGGAGCAGCAGUCAGACAGCCGGCCCACCUCCCCUCCCUCCCAACUGGACUCAGACGAGAGGGAGAGUGAGGAGGAGCUGGAGGAAGAGGAGGGAGAGAAGGAGGGCAUGGAAGCCAUGAGCAUGGACGACAUACGGGUGGUGCAGGUGGGCGAGGAUGAUGAAGAGAGUGAGAUCUACGAGGUGGAGGAGUUUGGGGAGGAGAGACAAGAGGAUGAGGAAGAAGGGAGCAGAGAGGAGGAGGCACAUGAGGAAGAGGAGGAAGGACAGCAGGAAAAUAAGGAGGAAGGGAGCAGAGAGGAAGAGAAGUCUGUACAGCAGGAGCAGGUGUGUGAGGAAGAGGAGGAAGGGAGGAGAGAGGAGGAGGAAGAAGGGCGGAGAGAGGAGGAGGCACACCAGGAGGAGGUGGAGGAAGAGGAAUGGAGGAGAGAGGAAGAAGAGGAGGAAGAGAGCAGAGAGGAGUCUGUACAGCAGGAGGAUGUGUAUGAGGAAGAGGAGGAGGAGGGGAUGGAGGUACAGGUGAUGGGAGAUGUAGAAGGGGAGGAGGAGGAAGGAGUGGCAGAGAAGGAAACUUUGGCAACAGUGUAA